CGGGGCCGCAGGCGGGCAGCCGCGGAGAUCAAGUAGAAGAGCCCCGCGCGCGCGGUGGGGAUGGAACGUUGCUGGAGUUGGCGGGGCUGGUUCCUGGGGGCCUGAGCCUCACGCCCUUGGACCGCCGCGCGCCAAAGCGGGAAUCUGGCUGGCGGGCAAGUCUGCAAUUAAUGCACGCAUUUAAAAUCCCAGAAUCACUGGACGCCAUGCACCGGAAACACCUCCAGGAGAUACCCGACCAGUCUAGCAACGUUACGACUAGCUUCACAUGGGGAUGGGAUUCUAGCAAGACUUCUGAACUGCUCUCAGGAAUGGGGGUCUCUGCCCUAGAGAAGGAGGAGGUGGACAGUGAAAACAUUCCCCAGGAACUGCUCUCAAACCUGGGCCUUCCUCAGAACAGCCCCCCACGAAAACGGCUGAAGAGCAAAGGGAAUGACAAGGACUUUGUGAUCAUCCGCAGACCCAAGUUAAAUCGAGAGAGCUUUCCAGGUGUUUCCUGGGACUCCCUGCCAGACGAGCUUCUGCUAGGCAUCUUCUCCUGCCUCUGCCUCCCCGACCUCCUCAAAGUCUCCAGCGUUUCUAAGAGGUGGUAUCACCUGGCGUUUGACGAGUCUCUCUGGCAGACCUUGGACCUCACAGGGAAAAACCUGCACCCAGAUGUGAUCGGGCGGCUGCUGUCUCGAGGGGUGGUUGCCUUCUGCUGCCCGAGGUCAUUUGUGGACCAACAACCAGUUGUUGAACAUUUCAGCCCUUUCCGUGUGCAGCACCUGGACCUGUCGAACUCGGUCAUCGGUGUGUCCACCCUGCACAGCAUCCUGUCCCCGUGCUCCAAGUUGCAGAACCUAAGCCUGGAAGGCCUACAGCUUUCGGAUCCCAUUGUCGAUAACCUUGCACAGAACUCAAAUUUAGUCCGACUGAACCUUUCUGGGUGUUCUGGAUUCUCCGAAUCUGCCCUGAAGACUUUGCUGAGUAGCUGUUCCAGGUUGGACCAGCUGAACCUCUCCUGGUGCUUCGACUUCACUGAAAAGCACGUGCAAGCGGCCGUCGCGCACGUGUCGGAGACCGUCACCCAGCUGAAUCUCAGCGGCUACCGGAAGAACCUCCAGAGAGCAGAUCUCUCUACCUUAAUUAGAAGAUGCCCCAGUCUUGUCCACCUAGACUUAAGUGACAGCGUCAUGCUGAACCACGACUGCUUUCCCGAGUUUCACCAGCUCAACUACCUCCAGCACCUGUCGCUCAGUCGCUGCUAUGACAUCAUCCCUGAAACUUUACUUGAACUUGGAGAAAUCCCCACACUAAAAACACUACAAGUAUUUGGCAUCGUGCCCGACAAUACCCUUCAGCUGUUAAAAGAAGCCCUUCCUCAUCUCCAGAUUAAUUGCUCCCAUUUUACCACCAUUGCCAGGCCUACUGUGGGCACCAAAAGCCACCCGGAGAUAUGGGGCAUCAGGUGCCGACUCACGCUGCAAAAGCCCAGCUGUCUAUGAAGUACGCGCUGCAAGGCGAUGUCUCCUUUGCCUUUGGAUCAGGGAAAGUAGGUAGAAGCCUGAUGGCUGGAGCACUCAGCUGUUUUUAUUCUUGGUUUUCCCUUUGCCUUCCUUCUUCUACAAGUAUAUUAGAGAAGCAUUUGAGAGAGGAAACGAAGCGUUUUUUGUUUUUGUUUUUUAGCGACUAAAAGCUUCUGUCACUGCCAUGCUCCUAAGGGUCUAGUCAUGGGCCUUAGGGAAUUUCAGAAUGAGCCUGUAAUUUUGGGAUCCUUGAAGAGCCAAAUCUGAGGGAUCUCUUCCAAGUGCCCUUCUUAUCAAGUCUGUUGAGAAACAAGCUUAAAAAUCACCAGUAAGCAAAUCAUUUUCUUGAUCUCUAUGGUACCUUAACUUUCCUCUAUUUAAUUCUUCAGUGUUGCUUUAUAAGACAUAGGCUGGAAAAAGGAUAAGCUAUUCAUAUUGGGAGCUGAAAGGAGAGAAUCAUAGGAGAGUCCAUUUGAGGCAAUCAUUCUGGGGAUAGAAAAAUACACAUUUCAACUUUGCCUUUGGAUUUUUGCAGUUAGGUUCCAGAAAACAAAUAGUCCUGGGUAAUUCACCUUAAAACCUAAACUAAAAAAACCACCCACUGGAGAUACAGAAUGUGAAGGGCCAGGAGGCAGUUUUCUAUGGCAGGGUAAGCUGAUGGGUGCUGUGAUGCACAUUCAUGAAGUGUCCUCUGACGUGCCGUUCUCCCAGGAUACUGAAGUAACUGAGGAGCUGUGACUGUGCUCUUCUAACUGGAUAACCAAAUGAUGUUAGCGUGGGUUCCUUAGCUUUUAAGAUGCCCGGAUUUGUUUUAUACGGUGGUAGUCAGCAGUCUGUUUGCAGUGUCGGAGGGAAUGCCGGACCGAAGCUGCCUGCCAUUUGCCUUUAUUGCUGAGGUUCUUGAAGCUAUUUUUCUAUUACUCUGGAAUCGAGUCUUUUAAAUUGUCUUUUUCCUUUUUUAUUUUUUUAGUGUUUCCCACAAUCGCUGUUUUACACUACCCACUUUGUCAGGUUCCUGGACCUAACAUUCCCUGAGAAGACUCGCACGCCCCUCUGUCAGGGACACGCCCACUAGACGCAGGUGCGUGUCCCGUGUCUCAGAGCAGUAAGCACAGCUGCACCUGCGGGAAAGCGAAGACUCAGGUGUUGAACCUUUUGAUAGCAUCAGUGAUUUUUUUUUAAUGACCCAUAGAAGCAAGUGGAUUACAUUCUACGUACAAAAAAACACAAAACAUUUCUUUUAAAUUGAUUAUCUCCCCACAUGUUCAAAAUGGAACAAGAGAGCCAAAGCCCAUCAUUUCUAUGAACAUUGGAUUUGUAAAUCAGCUUUUUCAAACAUUAGAAACAGUGGCAUCUCCCUAAACCUAAGGAGGAACAUUUUAAAAGUAUUACCCCUGAAAUGAUUGUGUUUCGAUUUUUGUCGUAGUUCAGAGGUGCUAACUACUACUUGAGAUCAUUGUUUACAGAUCAGUGACCAGGGCUGGGGACAGGGUCCGGUGGGACUCUGGCUCCGCAUGUCCUCGAACACGUCCAUCCACACUCGAGACCAGCCGAAAGCUAUUUUGCUAACAUUUCAGAGUAAUCUGUAUUUUUGUAUGUGAUUUCUACUUUUAUAAACCUGUUU